CCGAUACCGGAGCGGAGCCUGGUGUCUGUUCACCGAUUCGGUUAACUCUGCGGGACUGUGAUACCAAACUGCUACCGGGAUCACUUCAUGUCCUGGUGACGUGGGGAGGUGACUGCAGUCGGAAUGUUAUAAUUCUUCAUCCUCUCUGCUACCUGAGCUUCUCCAGCGCCUCGCUUCUGAGUUUUUGUUUUAUUUUCAGGACAACUGCCUCAUGCACUGUGACAUCACUGGCCUCGAAUCAAGCUGAUGUUUUUGCCAUCCAAUAAGAAACAAUAGAUUGGGGAUGGUUCGAUUCCUAAUGGUCAACUAGUGAUGGCAACUGAUCUUGCUUCUUGAUUGAUAGCCUCUGGAAUGUUUGCACUCCUGUUGAACACUACCUUCAUGGAAAGCAUGGAGGAUGAUAACAAAAAGCAACAUCACCAACUGCUGCAACCAAGCUGAGAUCAAACAGGCUAUAACUUUUCAAGAUGCCAAGGAAUGCAGGAGCGAGGGUGGGGCCAACCAAAUUGUUAGUGAGGCUUUUUUUUUUGCUCACCUAUAGGAGGAUGGCAUGAAAAUUCCAGCAGACACCGAAUGGAUGAUGCUAUAUGUUGUGCAAUGACCUUGCAAACAAGGGGGAAAAAAAAACCAUUGAAUUUACUGGAAACUUACAAUUUGACGACAAUGAAUUUGGCAGCUGAUGAUGAUUCUAACUUCAUAACUGAAGAAACAUUGGAUUUUGCAAUUGGUUUCCCAUCUGAAAGCCAAGAAUCAUUGCUUGAAAAUGACCCUGAAGAAGUUUUAAUUGCUCCAGUCAAGCACUCUGAGAGGUGUGUUGCUAUGGGAAUUGAUGUGAACUAUAAUAAUGGAAAUCAGCAGAAAACAAAUGAAGCUGUGCUGAAGUGGAGUCCGCUAAGUGCAGAAAAACUGGUAGAAAUAGUAAAGGAAGCGAAUCGUCUGGCAAAUCAAUUUGAAAAAUGUGCUUUGAAGGAAAAGGAAAAUGCAAAAAUUCAGGGAAGAGAGGACAGAAGUUGCAAUGAUCGAUCAAAAUUGGAAAAAGAAUCCAAAGCCAAAAUCAGACUUUUGCAAGAUGACAGAACAUGUAAAAAAAGUCCUCGAAGUCCAAGGAGAGAUACAUUUUUUGUGUUGGAUAGUCCAAAUAAAGCUCUUCUUCCUUCUGUGAAUCUUCAGGUUAUAAAUGAAAACAGCCCAAUCACUAACACCGGACAUGCACAUUCCAUUGAACAUGAAAUCAGCAACAGCAGAAUAGGUUUGACCAGUGAAUCUGAACGAAUAACCACCACCAAACCAAUGCAAACAAAGGAAGGUAACCUAUCAACAGAAAUCAAGCAAGCUGCUGUUAAGAAGCAGUCAAUGCUUUCCAAACCAUCUGGUUUGAAACUUCCAUCUGGUUUUAACAGGAAAGGAAAUAUGCAUUCACUAUCUCCAUCUAAACCCUAUCAAUAUUCAAAAAAGGAUUCAUUGCACGCACCCUUGUCUUCUACAGGCAGUCUAAAGCAAACCAAAGGUGCAUCAUUAAACAAUCCAGAGAAUCGUUCUGGAAAGAGUACUGUCUUGCAUAACAAACAAAGUAGAGAGAAAGCCUCAAUGAUAUCAGAAGCCAAUAUGCAUUGUUCAUCAAUCUCUUUUAAACUCUCUGCUGACACCAACAUGAAGCUACUCCCAAGUGCUAACAAAGCUUCGAACAAGGAGAUCAAUGAAAUACAGCCACCAAGCAAAAUCCCUCCUGUAAACCGAUUGAGACCCGGAUCUGUCCCAUCUAUUCGCACUGGUAAUAAAAAUGAAAGAGCCAGUUCAGCUGUACUUAAAGGGAAAGUAUCAGAAAGACAGUACAAAACCACAGUUACUUCAACUAAGCAUCUGAGUUCCACUACAUAUACUUCAGCAAGCCAAAUUAGGUCUCAGCCGAAGAAAACAACUUCAAGUAAUGUUGUAAAAAGGUUCAUUUCCAUUUAGAACUAGCACGUGUGUUCAACUGCUUUGUCAUCCCAUCUUGCUGGACUAAAUCUACAGCUUGCAUUCUGAUUUUUCUAAGUUUGAAGUACAGAUUUUACUGGACUUCUUCACAGUACAUGAUUUGAUGCUAAUUUUACUGUAAGUUUCAUUGUGUUUUCAAUGUUUAUGCCUUGUUUGUGUACACUAUGCUCAAUCUUGUUUUCAUGUAAAAUUACCCUUCCCUCAAAUUUGUUACUUAUGUAAUUCUACAUAAUUUUUAGAAUUUUUUUUCAUGUCUGGAUGGAGGGUCUCAACUUUGAUACCAUACUGGUACAAUUUGGAUAUUAGCUUUACCCCAAUUAGUUAGUUAUACUCCAUAAUACACUUGAGCGCCUAGUCUAAGCUGAUUUACACAGUACUGCAUCAAUUUGAAAUAACUGUGAUAAAGCUUGAAAAGAUGGAAUUCAAUAAAAUAAUUCAGGUGACAUUCUAAACAAUAUGAAUGCAGAGUGUUUAUCUGAAAAAGGUUGAGACUUCAAGAUAACUGCUAUGUCUUAAUCAUUUGAUUUUUUGUUUACAUAAUGCAACAUCAACCUAAGUAUGUUAGAAUGGCAAUUUGGAACUGGGUGUAAUAUUCUUUGCAAAAAAAUAGGUAGUUUACAUUAGGAACCACCACCUUUUUGUGCAGAAAAUAUGUUGCAGUCCUGUUCUCUCAUUUUGUGUAACAAAAUAUAAUUUUGUUUAAAAUAUAAUCGCUUUCAUUGUAUGUAAUUUCCAAAUUAAGUCGUCUUUCUUUUUCAGAUGAUUUCUUUAUGGCAUUCAAUGAAUACAAUGUGAAGAUGAGUUUUUUUGCAUUUUUAACAAACCUGUGUACUGAGAAUUUGUUAAAACUUUUUACUGUGGAAUGUUGUGGCCUUUCUCUGAAGGGAAGAGACUUGGAUGUGGAAAGGACUGAACCUGUCUGUAUAAAUAAAUGCAAUUUCAAUGGUUUUUGGAUUAAGUUUCAAAGCUUUUUCUCUUGUGCUUUACUUAUAAGUUACUUCUAAAACAACGCUAUGUAACACUUAAAAAAAAAAAAAGUGGCAUGGAUUUUUGUUUAGCUCAUUUUACAAGCCACAAACUAUGAAUUGUAAAAAUGUAUCUCAAAGCUCAACUUUAUAGCUUUUACCUUGGCUACAUAAUCACUGCCACAAGGUUAAACGUGAAACAUUCAAAAACUCUAGUAAAUAUAUUUGUAACAUCUAA